AUGGUUCGUGAAGCUGAUAUAUUAUCAAGUCCAAGUUGUUCAAUUGAUCAUAUUGCAACAAAACUUGCUGCAAAUAAUGGUAUACAAGUUGAAGAAUUAUUAUCCAAAGAUGAUUUAACAUUUAAACAUCGUUCAAGUACAACAACAACCGAUGAUGAAUCAGGUUUUGCUGAAUCUUUAUCAACAUCAUCGCGAACAUCACCUACUCCAUCAUGUACUGAAGAUGAUUAUGAAUUAGCAUCCACAUUAACUGAUGAAAGUAAAAAAGAAUUUUGUUCGGAUAUGUGUUUAGUAUUUCAUGCUGAAUUUCAAUUAACAUUUGGUCGUUAUUUUACAUCUGAUCAUUGGAUAUUAAUGCCAAUGAGUAUAGAUGGUACAUGUAAAUUACCAUCAGAUGCAUUAUGUGAUGUUGAAAUAGCCAAAGUACGUUUUGAAUGUGAUUCAUGUGGACAUUGUUGGACAUCAAUGCGUGGACAAAUAUCAUUUUUCUAUGAUUGUAAAUCUCAUAUACUUUAUUUCAAAUUAUUUACACAAAACUGUGAUCGUUGUAAUGAUGUAUGUACACCAUUAUGGUACCCAGAAGAAGUAUGUCGUGUUAUGAGAAAUGUCUUUGUUAUUGUUAAUGAACAUGAAUAUCCAAAUGUAACAACAUCAAUUAAAUCAAAUCAUUAUCGUCGUGUUGGAAAUCCAAAAGGACAACAUCACGGUUGUGAAUCAUGUCGUGAUGGUGUUUGUGUUGCUUUAGCUGCACAACAACUAGGAUGUAAACUUGUUAAAUAA